AUGGCUUCCCAAUUUUCAUUUAAUGCCGCUUCUGCCCAGGAGCAACAACCUAUCCCAACAAAGCCCCGGCCACAGCGACACCAAAGGCCAGACUAUAGGCACAUCCACCGCUUUCCUCUGCCUCUCACUGUUCGCCCUCUUCCUCCUUUGAUCCCGCAUAACCCAAUAUCCGUUAUCAGCGUGUUGCUGUCGUACCUUACCUACUUCAUUGCUCCACCUCACCAUGCCAUCCAUUCCGCCUAUUUCGACUCAAACACGUCGUCGGUUCAUGUUACCGAUGAGAAAACGAUUCGUGCUUUGUGGGAAAUGGGCUUUUUUGGAAAAGGGAGCUUGAGCAGAAGUGAGCCGACUUGGAUCGAACAAGAGAAAAAGCGGAGAGGAUUACUUGGAGGCGUUACACUUGACGAGGUUACUCGGCAACGCAGGGCGGAGCGGCGUGACUUGAAGCUACAGAGAGCAAGGUCAGAGAAGCUGAUCAUCGAGCAACGACUUCAGGCGGAAGCUGCUGCAAGAGAAGGUCGCACCAUUCCGGACCCCCAGGCCAACCUGUCAGCAGCCCGUGCCACAAAUGGCAUCGCCACAACUGCGGAGAAGCUCUCUUUGAGGAAGGCUAAGGAAGCUAAGAUCCUUGAGGCGCAACAACUGGCGCAGCGAGAUAGGGAGGAUGCCGGUAAAACCGUUCAAUCUUCUACGACUGAGGACAAUCAUCCUACCGAACCGACAGUUAGCGGACCUGACAUUAUUGAGGGAAUGACAAUAACCAACGAGGAGCACCUUCAGCUAUCCAACGAGGAAGCAUUCUUCCUUGUAUACGGGUUAGGCGCCUUGCAUAUCUUUGACCAGGACCAUCAAACCGUGCUGUCUCCCACUUUCCUACUUCGGAAACUCUGUCACCAUUCAUACUCGCCUCCUCGGGAUUCGUCCACGGACCUGAAGACAGACGACCCUUUCCUUGUCUCCUACGUCGUGUACCACCAUUUCCGCUCCCUGGGAUGGGUCGUACGAUCCGGUGUAAAAUUCGGAGUGGACUAUCUUCUCUACAACCGCGGUCCCGUGUUUUCUCAUGCCGAGUUCGCCGUCGUUGUCAUUCCAUCGUAUGACCACCCAUAUUGGUCUGAGACUGAUGAACGCAAAACCGAGUGUGCUGCUAAGCAGGCGCGCAGCUGGUGGUGGUUUCACUGUGUCAACCGUGUUCAAGGCCAGGUGCAGAAGACUCUUGUGGUUUGCUACGUGGAAAUACCACCGCCAACCCAGGAUUUGGGAGCUACGUCGGCCAGCCUAGACAUCGGGGCAUUGCUUUCUCGCUACUCGGUGAGAGAGCUCAUCAUUAGGCGCUGGAUACCAAAUCGCAGUCGAGAUUGA